AUGCCCCAAGGGGUAACCAACGCUCCCAGUGCAUUCCAGAGACUCACGGAGAAGUGUAUGGGGGAUGUAAAUCUCAAAGAAGUCUUCACGAGCACUUUUGAAGAGCCCGAGAAGCGACUAGUGCAAGUCCUCGAGCGUCUCAAGGAGUUUGAACUAAAACUGUCCCAGGAAAAAUGCAAAUUUUUCCAGUCCAGUGUGUGUUACCUCGGGCAUGUGGUGUCCGAGAAGGGUGUUGAGACAGACCCCGAGAAGUUAUCCUCACUCAAAUCCUGGCCAGUUCCCCGAAACUUGAAGGAGCUGAGAUCCUUCCUCGGGUUCGCAGGAUACUAUCGGGGGUUCAUCAGAGACUACGCCACCCUAGUCAAACCACUCAAUUCUCUCACUCGUGGCUAUGCACCAAUGCCAGUACGACCGGCUUGGGAGCCGUCCUCUAUCAAGACCAAGAGAAUCAGCUGCGGGUCAUCGCCUAUGCAAGCCGAGGCCUGUCGCAGGUCCCAGAACCUUCUCUCGCUAGAAGACCCCACACUCGCAGCCAGAAUCAACCUGCUGAGCCUGCUGAUCCGGUUGUGGAGAGCGACAGUGAAGAUAAUGCUCAUUCCAUAA